UACGAAGCAACUUCAUUCCCACAGCGGCAAUCGUUGAGACAACACACUCGUGACAACACGUUCGUGCCCUCACAAGGAACGCAUACAGCAAAUUUUUAAGAUGGCGACCACAUUGGAGUGAUUGUGUGAAAUUUUUAUACCGUGGAAAUUUUCUCACUACCAGAGCAAUUCGUGUUCAAUUAGUUGGUUGGUGUUUGAAAAGGCGCGCAUCAAUAUUACUUUUAUAUUUAAAACAUUUUAAAUGUGGAAUGAAGAUUUUUAUAUUGUGGAGGAGAUUAUGAAAAAACUAAAACUUGUGUAAAUUCUUCACGUAAAAUGCUAACACAUUGGCGUCCCUUCAUUUUUUUUUACUCGCUGCACCGUGAAGAUUAUUGAAAAUUCAGCACUUUUUUGUGGAUUUUGUGAAAAUAAUAAUAUGAUUUCCAUGUAAAGGGUUUUUGGUGAAUUUACAAUUUACCUUCGAAAAAAAAUAUACAUAUAUAAAACCCAGACGAGGUAAAAUAAGAAACCAUAUUGAAAUUAAUUACAGUGACUAAAUUGAUUUGAAUUUUUAUAAAUAAAAAAAAAGUGUUGAGUAUUUUCUUUUUCAAUUGGAAGGAAGUUAAAAGUUUAUCUUAACUAGUAAUUAGUUGCACAUCAGCACUAAAAAAAAAUGAGACGCAAUUCCUAGAAAUUUAAAAGAAAAUCAACUAAAACAAAAGAAUUGCUAAAGGGAAAAUUGACAAGUCCUGUAAAAAAAAAGUGACAGGAAUUUCCCUGAUAUCUGAGUAGUUUGGAUACGCGGCACUUUGAUUAAUCAAUGACGAAUUAAUGAGAGCGUCAUUGACUUCUUGGUCGCCCUCUGUUGCCUAAAGCGCGCGAGUACGAGUGAGAGGGACUGAUAUUGUGUGACAUCGCGAGAGACAUUAAUUUCAGUGUUUAUGUAGCGAGUGAAGAUCCAAAAAAAAAAACACUUAAUAAUUUAAGUAAAGAAAGUGUCUAAAGUCCUUGACGGAAUUAUAUAGGAAAAAGGAUAAAAAGUAGUGCAUUAACCAACAUAAAAACAACUAAGCAUCCAAACAAACAGGGAGACACUGUAUUAGCAGAAGGCGGAAGGUAUUUUAAGAAAUUUGAGGGAAGAAGUUCUAUAAUGUGUGCGGCUCAGAGCAAUCCACCGGCCACUUUUGGAUACACUUGGGGCUUUGCUGAUAACACAAGGACCGAAUCUGUGGUCGAAAUCUCACCAAAUAUCAACUAUACGGUGAGUGAAACGAUGCCAUACUUGCAGUUGACGGAUUCCGGUGGGAUAACCGUGCAGAAGGAUGCAAAGGGGGCGAUUGCUCAUACGAAUAAAGGUGUCGUCCGUAGGAUGAUUGUUAUGAAUGAGCCUUUCCCUCAAACAACAGCACAGAGGGUCAUUACAACAGGAAGUGGUGCCACAACAGUGACCCACCACAAGAAGCAUGAUGUUCUGACAAAUGGAAUAAUUGAUACAAAAGCUCAAACUGUUUUAACAACAGCAAGUGGGAAGAUGCAUUUUAUGAGUCCAAUUGGUCCACUUCAGCUAACAGCUGAGGAAUGCAAUGAGAUCCUCGCAAAGAGGGCAAUGAGUGCUGCACAGACGCAACAUGCAACAAUUGCAACCACCACAGAUGGACAUCAUGCAGGAAUUUCAGUGCAAGUACAGAAAGUUAUUCAAGGCUUGGAGGAGAAUGAUGAUUCACAAACAGCUUCUUCGACACACUGCAAAUUGGAGCCAGUUAUGAGUAUUUCACCGAAAUUGGAGUUCAUUGAGCAACCAAGCAGCCAUGAGGAAACCAUCCCGAAGAAAGAGCGCCCCUACUCGUGCGAUGAAUGUGGAAAGUCCUUUCUACUUAAGCACCACCUCACGACCCAUGCACGCGUGCACACGGGCGAACGGCCACACGUGUGCGUGCACUGUGGCAAGAGUUUCGCCCACAAGCAUUGCCUCAAUACGCAUCUCUUACUGCACUCCACCGAUCGGCCAUAUCAGUGCAACGAAUGCAAGAAGAGCUUCACGCUCAAGCAUCAUCUGCUGACGCAUUCACGUGUCCACAGCAGGGAGCGUCCAUUUGUGUGCCAGGAGUGUGGGAGAUCGUUCCCGUUAAAGCGCCAUCUUGUUACCCACAGCAAAUUCCAUGCUGGUGAACGUCCCUAUGUUUGUGAUGAUUGUGGCGAGAGUUUUGCCCAGAAGGAGCAUCUCGUGAUGCAUUCACGAUUCCAUGGAUCUUUAAAUCCAUUUGUGUGUCAAGAUUGCGGAGCAACAUUUCCACGUAAAUUCCAACUUGUCAAUCAUGGACGCAUUCACGGACGUGUCCCGCACUCCUGCCCAAUUUGUGGCAAGGAAUUCCUCCAGAAGCGCACCCUUGUGGCACAUACACGCCUCCAUACGGGUGAUCAACCGUACCCGUGCACAAUUUGCGGUGAAGGAUUCCGCACGAAGCCCGAACUAAAUCAGCACAAUCGUCAAAUACACGGUGGACAGUCAACGGCAUCAACGGCAACAGCAAACACCAUUGUUGCCACAAAUGCCAUUGUGGCGAAUAAUCAGCAUCCGCAGCAUGUGCAGGUGCACACGUCGCAGCACCAACAGCAGCAGCAGCAGCAGCAACAAACGCAAACCAUUCAGGCGCAGCAACAGCAACAACAGCAAACUGUGACGGUGGUGACGAAUACAAACAAUGGGCUUGUAACGACGAUAGCAACGCCAUCGUCAACCCCAGAAACGGCUCGUCCGCAGUUUGCUUGCCGUGAAUGUGGGAGUGCCUUCAAUAGUCGCGAGGCUCUAGCCCUGCACCUUCGACUCCAUACAGGCGAUAAGAGUCUCAUGACUGACCUCUGUGCUUUAACAGCUGCAAUUCCUGGACAUUUCCUCAAUACCAACAUUAAUCAAGGCACAACUGUGGUUGCUGCAAACCCAACAGUGGUCUCACCCACACCGGUUCCGGUGCAAAUAAUCACAUCAUCCGGUCAGGUGGUGAGUCAGGCAAUGGCGGUACAGAGUACAGCCCAACAGCCGCAGCAGACGGUUGUGCAGACCGUUGCGACGCCUCAGCAGAAGCCCAAGACGCACUUCUGCAGUAGCUGCGGGAAGGGCUUUGCAGCAAAGCACGGGCUACUGCAGCACAAUAGACGCCACACAAAUGGCAGUUGCACCCUGAGGACGCAUGUUUGUGAGUGCGGGAAGGCCUUCUUCCAGAAGAAUCACCUCAUGCUCCAUCAGCGACAGCACUUGGAGACAAAGCCCAACAUUACGCCGCAGACUCAAAAUGAGAGUCAGAGUACACAAGAAAAUCAAGAAAAUACAUUGUCUGCCCAGCAGCAAGCUCAGCAGAAUCAGCAAGCUUCACAGCAGCAGGCUGCCCAGCAACAGGGGCAGGCGCAGCUGAGUCAGCAGUCGCAGCAAUCGCAGGCCAUGACGCGGGAGUUGGUUAUUAAUUCGCAACCUGUGCAGGUGCAGGUGCUGCAGGGCAAUGCGCCACAGAUCAUCAAGUAUGAGAUAAUGUCGCAUGAGCCGGGGCAAGCAAUUGAGUGAGGACAGGAGGCCAUGCUCCGUAUACAGCAUCCAGAUGGUACGGCAGAAAUGCGCAAAGUUAUGAUCCUCAAGUGAUCACGCAAAGCGCGAAAAUUUCAUUAAGAAAAAAAAAAAACCACAACAAUAAAUGAAAGAUGAAAAGGAAGGAAAAGAUUUUCUAGAUCAAGAGGUCCCCCCAAAAACCCUUUUGGGAAACUUUGCAAAGUGAGUUUAUUAUUUUUUUUUCUAUUAUUAUUAUCUUGAUUAGGAUUAAAAUGAAUAGAGAAGAAAAUUAUUAAAUAAAGUGCAGAAAAUACUUGAAAAUUAAUAUCUAUAUAGGAAUAUCAAGGAAAGAAAAAUUUUAAAAAAAUUAAAUAAGUUUAACGUCUAUGAAAAAAAUUUAAUCUGUUAAGCAGAUUAAUUAAGAGAAGAAAAAACAAUCUACAUAAACAUAUUUUAAUGGCCUUAUAAACUUGUAAAUAUAGUAUAAUAGAUAUUAAAAUAAAAUAUAAAUAUUAGAAUUAGAAAUUGAAAAAAAAAAGUAAAAUUGUAAAGUUACAAGGAUCCCUUGAUGGAAAAUCUUUGUUUAAAAAGGACAUAAAAUCAAAUUAUAUUUUCUUGAAGAGUUAUCUUAUUUAAUAAGUUGACAUUAAGGCCUCACAAAUUACUUAGUUGGUAUACCACAAUCGUGGCAUACCAAGUAUUUCAAUCUUAUUCCUUAAUAUUAUUUUUUUUUAAUAUAAUUAAACAAAUAAUGUUUAUAGAAAAGAAAACUUUUUGCCAUAUUUUACCCGAACCAAUAUUUAUGCUUAAUAACAAAAAGAUAAAAAAAACGUACAGUGUGUCCUUAAUUUUAAUUCUCGCAUGAUCCUUCCUUCCAUUAAUUUUUUAAAUGGAGUUCUUGGCCUCAAAACACAAUUGCAAAAAAAAUGCCCAAAAUUACAACAACAAAAAUAUAAUCAAAUGUGCAUUAAAUUUAGGACACCAACUAAAUAAGUUUAUGAAUUAAUUUUACUCUAAUUAACCAUUUUUUUUCACUAAUGAGUACAAUUUUUAAAUCUACUUUAUCACGUAAGAUUUUGAGUUAAAAAAAAAACAUUUUUGUUGAAAAGAAAAAUCGCAUUACAGGAGCAACAUAUUGUUAGAUCGAUAUAUAGAAUGUAUUUUGAACUGAACAUUUUUUUCUUGUGCUGUACAUAGAUUUAUGCUCUAAAGUCACGACAAUUUUAUGAUAAAAAAAGAAAAUGUUUAGAAUAAGGUAUAAGAAACAGAUAAAAAUUUAAAGAGUAAGAAAAAAUCUACUUGAUAAAUGAUACGCAGCCGUAUAUGAAAGUUUUAAGAUUUGGACCCAAUUUGGCAGUUAUUUUUUUGCGGAAAAAAAAGAAAGAAAAUAUACCACACAAGAUUCUUAAUGAGAAUAAAAAUUAAAUAAUAAAAAUUUAAGAUUAAGAGAUAAAAUAAAAAUUGUAGGUGGGUCUUAAAAGAAAAAGAAAAAGAAUUGUAAGAAAUAAGAAAAUAAGAAAGAGAUAAAUAUAUUUGAGAGAAGGUGAUUAAAAUGAUUUUUUUCGUAUAUAUUAUUUUAAAUGUAAAAAUACAAUAUAUAUUGCAUAUUAUGAAAUAAAAAAUAAAUAUGUUUAAUAAUUGA